AUGCUGGAACAGUUUCCCGUUAGCAGGACUGAGCUGGACAAUUUCUUUGUCAUCAUACAAUACUUCAUGCCGAUGCUAUUGGUCCUGGGGUGGAUAUAUGCAGUCUCCCUCAUGGUCCGCGAGGUCGUUUAUGAGAAGCAGGAGCGGUUGAAGGAUGUGAUGCGCAUUCAAGGACUGAAAACCUGGGUCUACUGGCUCAGCUGGCUCACAACCGGGAUUCUGCAGUUGACUGGGCUUGUCCUUCUUUUGGUCAUCCUCUUGAGUGCUGGCAAG